AUGGCUACCUAUGAAUAUCCCGUUGCGCUGGGGCUGGCAUACAUCAUGUUGGUUGGGUGCCUCAUCCGAGCUGUUUUCGUGCGCUUGGCCUUGCCCGCAUCUGUAGGCGUGAUGGUUAGCGGCUUCAUAUUUCAGCACUUCUUCCAGAACGAUCUCUUCUUUGCUCGAGACGAGCUACAAGGGCUGUCGUUCUUCCUGGUGCUUCUGAUCGCUGGCCUGGAGAUCCGCUCGAAAGACUUGCAAGGCCAUAUUUUUGUGAUGGCCUUUCUGCCAGCAAGCUGUGAGCUGCUUGGCAUUGCUGCGUAUGCCCACUACGAGUUGGAAUACACCCCAGUUGAGGGCAUGGUGUUGGGAAGUGUCCUUGUGGCUAUGGGCGACGGGCUUGUGAUUCCAAAGAUGAAGGAAUUUUCACAGAGCUUCCCAGAUCAUCCAUUGCCGCGGCUGGUCUUUGCGUGGGCACCCCUAGAGGCUUCCUUCGCGCUGACAGCCUUCGGGAUUCUCACCGGCCUGGCGUCGCCAGCCCAUCAGGCGCCAACACCUUUCGGCACCAUCGUCCUUGCCAACCUUCUGCGCCUGGUUCUGACGGUGCUGUUGGGGGCUGUGCUAGGAUGUGUGAGUUCCUGGUUCAUAGCCAGCCGGAAGAAGAUGCGCAUCUUGAGUGAUCUGUUCCAUGAUCCGGAUACUGAAGGCGGCAAGACUGAAGGCUUUCUGAUCCUGAUCUCCGUGGCACUUAUCGCUCUAUCCUUGGGUAAGGGCGAGUCGGGGAAUGAAUUGGUUCCGAUGCUUUUCUGUCCAGGCCCUGCAUUUCAGUCAGAGCUGUUGGUCAUCAUUAUGGCCUCUGUAUUUGCCAAUCGAUGCAGCGACGCUUACGAGGGCGGCCCGAAAAUUCUGGCAGACAUCACGACAGUGGUGGGUCAAGUGUGGGUGUUUGGACAGAUAUUUCUAUUCAGCAUGCUGGGCAGCAAGAUGACACUUGACAUCUUGCCAGAGCUGAAGAGUUUGGGCCCUGUAAUGGUAUGCGGGCUGCUCGCGCGCGUGUUGGGUGUCACCGUGGGCGCCCUGUUGACCAUGAAGAGUCGGGACAGCGCACUGAGCCAGAUUCCUGCUGACAUAGGUUUCUGCUUCUUGUGCACACUUCCUCGCGCAACCAUUCAGGGUGCCCUGGGUGCAGAGCCACUGAAGCAGCACUUCUUUGCCAUUGGCUACGGCAACGAGAGUGCGGUGACGAAUUUUACUUUCACAGCUGCAAGACUUUACGUCCUCUGCUACUCUGUCAUUGGCAUGAUACUCUUAAAUAGUUUUGGGCCAAUGCUGCUUCGGGGGACAGAGAAGGAUCUAUCCACACGCAAGAUUGUGGAUGUCGAUUCUGAGAAUGGAUCUGUCCUAUUGGGGGACUCACCGGGCUCUACUGCAGAUGACCUAUCGCAGCAAGGGUCCACGCCACAGCUCGAGAAGGUGGGGGGCCACUCGACAAGCUCCACUGCCACCGGGGAAUCAUCGUGGCAGGACAAAGGAGGCAUGUUGCACACCUUCGAGUCCAAGAUCUCAACCUGGCGGCCGACCUGCGAAGUUAUGCAGGGUCACAAGACAACCUGCCGAGCAACAGCUUCCAAACAACGGCCGCCAGGGAUUGAAGCACAGACGGUCCUCGAACCGAAUUACAACGUACGCUUCAAGGUCCCUGAGAGAUCGGUGAUGCAGCGACUCUUGCGGCCACGCGGCCAUGAUGGAAGGAUUCAUGUGGUCAAGACCUCACAGGGUGAUAUUCCCGUGGUUUUAUCUUCCAAGAUGAAGUCGGGCAAGGAGGAGACCUAUCGCUUUGGUCCAGAUCCUGAUUUCUUGAUCCGGGCAGAGCCUGCGCCGGUUGAAAGGCCCAUGUUUUUCCAGCUUCGAACAGCUGGGAAGGUGCAAACCAUCAAAGUUGUGUUUCCGCCUGGGGUAAGAGAGAUUCCACUUGUCCCAGAUGCUAUGAUGGUGAAGGUUCCAGAUGGUGCAAGGCCGGGUUCUGUGAUUGUCUUCAAGAAGCAUCCAGCAGACCCGCUCUGGCUGCGGACCCACGUGCCGCAGACUUUACCAGCAAAUGGCUUCUUGGCCGUGGCCUUGCCAUCUUUCAGAUACGAAUCUAAGCCCAAGGAUUUCGAACUGGGCGAUAUUUGCAAAGAGAUCUGCGUUGAAUUAGAGGAGACCUUUGACAUGCUAACGAGCUGCUGGCCAUUCCGAGCCGAACCAACAGCUGCGGCGGAGUAG